CUGUACCAAACUUGCCUUUUCAGCCCUCUUUUCGUAACCUGGAAGAAAGGUAGCCAUCGGCGACUUCGAGGCUGCAUAGGAACAUUUUCACAAUUACACUUACACACGGGUCUCCGAGACUAUGCUAUUACUAGUGCAUUUCAUGAUUCGCGUUUUGAUCCGGUACGAAAGGAGGAAAUCCCUCACCUAUACUGUGGUGUUUCUUUACUAAUCAAAUUCGAAUCUGCUCAUGACUAUAUGGAUUGGACAAUUGGUAUUCACGGAAUUCGUAUUCAUUUUAUGGACGGUAGUGUACGCAGAGAUGCUGUGUAUCUGCCGGAAGUCGCUUAUGAACAAGGCUGGGACCAUUUGGAAACAAUCAAUAAUCUCAUUGAAAAAGGCGGCUACAGAGGACGCAUCGAUGAAGGCUUUCGACUAUCCCUCCAAGUAACACGUUUCCAGUCCAGUAAAGUGAUGAUCUCCUAUGACGUACGUCGCCACUCAACUUUCGUUUCGGCGUUAUACAGUAAUAUCAGCGCUGUUUUAGGACUACAUGCGGUAUAA